UAGACAAAGACCUAUAAGUAGGUAUAUUAGACCUAGACCAAAAGAAAUAAUAGGUACUUGCAACUGUAUUUUCGCAAUUAUAAUGUAAUCCCUGGACCCUAAGAUUCGAAGAAUAAAGUAAAAAGUUUGGAUUUAUAAGAUACCAAUAAGAUACUAUCGAUUCAUGAAUUAUUAACAUAUUUUUAAACUUUCUUUAAACAUCAAUUAAGUGCGUUGUGCUUUUGAAUUUUAUACUUAAUUUAUAAAUAUUAUAAACGAAAAUGACCAGUGUAUCCUUAUCUGAAGACUGCGCGAAACAGUGGGAAAUUAUGUUGUUAUUAUUGUCGUCUGAGGAAAGGAAAAUCGAUCGGUCGACUGAAGAUGAAGUCGACACGAUGAAUUAUUUCUACAAGAAUAAAGGAGUCCGAAAAAUCUUUCUUCAUUGGCUGCAACAAAUGCAAAAAACAUAUUGUAGAAAAACCAACGAAUUAGAUACUGCUUUGAAAUGUGAUGAAAUAAGUUUACUUUGGAGGCAAAAAGGCAAUGACAAGUUUCGAACCAACUUGGUAGAAGAAAGUUAUAAAUGCUAUACAAACAGUGUAAAGUAUGCGAAACACAACAGCCUUAUGUAUUCCCUUGCUUUAGCAAAUAGAUCUGCUGCAUUGCUUCGAAUGAAGAGGUUUCAGGAGUGUUUGUCUGACGUAGCAUUGGCUAUUGAGCAUGGUUACCCACUGGAGCAACAACAUAAAUUGCAUCUACGCCGUGCUGAUUGCCACAUCGAAUUACAGCAACGAACUGAAGCCCGCGCGUCACUUGACGCUGCCAUUCAACAUGCUAAUUCUCUUAAACUUUCAGCCACAAACGCUUUGGAAUUUGAACGACACAUAAAAAUACUGGAAAAAAAGCUGGAAUUGGUUAAAGAGGAAGGAUGCGUAAACGAGUCAGUGGUUCUUCCUGACUGGUACCUCGGCCCGAAUCCCAGCUUCAAUGCUGCUUCCAAUGCUAUAGAACUAAGACGCAACGACGCAGUAGGCAGACACGUGGUGGUGAGAGCGAGCACGCGACGCGGCGACGUGCUGUUCUCGGAGGAGCCGUACGCGUGGGUCGCGCUGCCCACCGACUCGGCGGCGGUGUGCGAGAUGUGCUGCGCGGGCGACGUCAACCCCGUGCCCUGCAGCGUAUGUUCGCGCAGCGCGUACUGCGGGGAGCGCUGCCGCGCGCUCGCUGCGCUCUCCUUCCACCGUUGGGAGUGCGCGGCGGCACAAUUCUCCCUCUUCCCCACCAUAGGCAUCGCACAUUUAGCUCUAAGGGUAUUACUAAUAAGCGCACAGAACGGAUUCCCCGCGCCGCCGCGUCGUCUCCCCGAGGCUACAACGGCAGCCGAACUCUUCAGAAGUUACUCACAAGUUGACAACACACAGAUAUACAAACAAGAUACACCUCCUUUCUACAGGAUGUUCAAUCUGGUUACCAACUUCGAUAAAAUGAAUAAUACAGACUAUGUGCAGUAUGCUCUGACGGCGACAAUGCUGACUCUAUAUUUAGAGAACUAUACGUCGUUCUUCGAGUUUUUGCCGAGCAAGUUGCCGUGCAAGCUCGCGGACGUGGAGAUGAAGCUGUUCGCCGCGGCGGUCGUGCUGCGCAGUCUGGGGCAGCUGGUGUGCAACGGACACGCGACGCUCAGCCUGUCCACUGUGGAGGACGACGGGAACGGUCGCACAGUGAGUGAAAGGGAAGUCCGUCGCGCGACUGCCAUAUACCCCUCCGCUGCGAUGAUGAACCAUUCCUGCGACCCCAACAUCAUUAACACGUUCUAUAACAGCCGGCUGAUAAUCCGUUGUUCGCGCGAGUUGGCGGCAGGCUCCGAGGUGUUCAACUGCUACGGGCCGCACCGCGCGCGCGAGCCGACCGCGCAGCGCCGCUCGCAACUACGCGCGCAGUACAUGUUCGCGUGCGAUUGCACUGCGUGCAGCGACAGCGACAGGAAGGACUUUGUGUUGCUGUUCAGCGCUUACGCGUGUCAAUCGUGCAAGGGGCCCGUGUCGUGGCAGGGGCGCCGGCCCCGCUGCCAGCAGUGUAGCGCGGACUUCCACCCGGAGCGUGCGCUCGUCCAGAUCGACCGCGCCGAGGAGCUGGCCAUGCAAGCAGAGCAAAUGCCGAGUCUUGAAGAGCGGUGCGAGAAAAUGCACGCAUCGUAUCGGCUGAAGCAGCAAGUGUGGCAUCGACACAACUCUUCUCUGCGCGUGGCGGCCGACAAGCUAGCGCGCCUCUACGCGGACCUAGGGGAAUUUAGCAAAAGUAUGGAGCUGAUUAAACAGAACAUCCAGAGCUUAGAAUACCAGUUUGGAUCCUUCAGUGUAGAGGUGGCACACGAGCUUAGAAAACUGUCCGACGUCAUGUUAGAAAGAAUACUCAACGCGCCACAGCAUUUGGAACACAGGGAAUGGUGCUUAGAAGCCCAUAAGAUAAUAAAGAAAGCUGUCCAGCUGAUGGAGUUGAAUUAUGGGUCGUGGGAGCCGUUGGUGGCGCGCCUAAAGGAACAGGAGGCGUACGUAGCCUCGCUGCUGGCCGAAAGCCGCACACCAGACGCUGCGGACUGCAUCCACCACAAUCUGCAUUACAACCUCAAGAUAUAAUGCCACAAGCACAAGCUUCGCAAACUUGAACUGCUUAGCCACGAGACACGUUAGAGAAAAAAGAAAAAUCGUUCGACACAAUCUGAUUUUUUUUCUAUUUUAGGCCACCGUAUCACAGUGGUAAAAAAUCCUAUUUUAUGAUUCUUUUAUGAUUUGACUAUGUACCUGUCUGUAUGUGUCUGUCUUUUUUAUAUGUCAAAAAAUGUUGCGUAACCAAAAGUAUGCUAUAAAUAUAUGAACAUGAUCGGCGUACGAAACGAUUUUACUCGCGACAGUUUUAACGAUUAAGAAUUAACUUAUGAAACAACGAAUUAUUUAAGAAAGCAUUUUAUUAAAAUUAACUGUAAAUGUGUACCAUACACAGUUGUGCAAACAUAUUGCACAAGGCAUUUAUGUAUUAGAUUAAAGACGCAAAAAAAUAAAUGUAUGGCCUUUACAAUUUAUAAAAUGAGGAGUUCAGGAUAGAAACCCAAAAGGGUAGCCUACCUUUACGUAACUUGAUUAUAUUAUACCGUGUGAUUAUUCAUGGAUAAUUCACUUUCAUUAUCAUCAAUUAUGGGAAAUUGAAAACGUAAUUUAAAUUUAAAAUAAAAUAAAAUAAAAAUAUUUUAUUUCAGACAGUAAUUAUAAGACCA